AUGGCGGCCAAGCGCAAAGCCUCAGCUAUGGGCACAGCCGUGGAUGACGAGCCCGUUGAUCCAUCAGAUGAGCUCGCAUUCUAUUGUCUCGGCGGCGGAAACGAAGUCGGCCGAAGUUGCCAUAUUCUGGAGUACAAGGGCAAGACAGUCAUGCUUGAUGCGGGCAUGCACCCAGCGAAAGAAGGCUUCUCUGCCCUUCCGUUCUUUGACGAAUUCGACCUGAGCACAGUGGAUGUUCUCUUAAUCAGCCAUUUCCACGUCGACCACUCCUCAGCCCUUCCAUAUGUUCUCAGCAAAACCAACUUCAAAGGCAGAGUCUUUAUGACUCCCGCCACUCGAGCAAUUUACAAAUGGCUCAUUCAAGACAACGUUCGAGUCAGCAACACAUCCUCUUCCUCUGAUCAACGCACGACGCUAUAUACCGAGCGUGAUCACUUAUCGACUCUUCCCUUGAUUGAAACCAUCGACUUUUACACUACACAUACGAUUAAUGGCAUUCGCAUUACCCCGUACCCGGCUGGUCACGUCCUUGGUGCAGCCAUGUUCAAGAUUGAUAUUGCUGGACUCGUGACUCUGUUUACCGGAGACUACUCUCGCGAGGAAGACAGACACUUAAUUCCUGCGGCGGUGCCCAAGGGCACAAAGAUUGAUGUCCUUAUCACAGAAUCGACAUUCGGUAUUUCCUCCAACCCGCCACGGCUAGAACGUGAGGCUGCAUUGAUGAAGUCGAUCACGGGUGUCUUGAAUCGUGGCGGUCGAGUUCUCAUGCCGGUGUUCGCCCUCGGUCGUGCCCAAGAGCUGCUUCUCAUCCUUGAUGAAUAUUGGGAAAGGCACCCCGAGCUUCAAAAGUUUCCUAUCUACUAUAUUGGAAAUAUGGCACGUCGGUGUAUGGUUGUGUACCAAACCUACAUCGGUGCUAUGAACGAUAAUAUCAAGCGUCUCUUCCGGCAACGCAUGGCCGAGGCCGAAGCCAGCGGCGACAAGAGCGUCAGUGUCGGGCCAUGGGACUUCCGGUUCGUCCGCAGUCUUCGCAGCUUGGAGCGUUUCGAUGAUGUUGGAGGAUGCGUGAUGCUUGCUUCUCCCGGUAUGUUGCAGACUGGAACAAGCCGUGAACUGCUUGAAAGAUGGGCACCGAGUGAUCGCAACGGUGUUGUCAUGACCGGUUACAGUGUUGAAGGAACCAUGGCCAAGCAACUGCUUAACGAGCCAGAUCAGAUCCCGGCUGUUAUGUCCAAGGUGUCUACUGGGCAUGGACGAGGCCGCGUUCCUGGAGCGAAUGACGAGGAUCAGAAAGUUAUGAUUCCUCGUCGAUGCACCAUUGACGAGGUCAGCUUCGCGGCCCAUGUUGAUGGAGUUGAAAACCGCACCUUCAUCGAGGAAGUUGCUGCGCCAGUUGUGAUUCUUGUCCAUGGCGAGAAACAUCAAAUGAUGAGACUGAAGUCGAAGCUGCUCAGUCUUAAUGCCGACAAAGCAGUCAAAGUUAAAGUCUACACACCAGCAAACUGCGACGAAGUUCGCAUUCCGUUCAAGAAGGAUAAGAUUGCGAAGGUUGUGGGAAAGCUAGCAGAGCUUGCACCACCCUCAGAGGAGGCUGAUUCCCAGCUCAUGGCUGGAGUGUUGGUCCAGAAUGGGUUCAAUCUAUCGCUGAUGGCCCCGGACGACUUGCAAGAGUAUGCUGGGUUGACGACCACAACCAUUUCCUGCAAACAGCAUAUCACCCUCAGUUCUGCGAGCAUGGACUUGAUUAGAUGGGCCCUUGAAGGGACGUUCGGAGCCAUCGAGGAAGUCGGCACGACCAAGAAAUCACACAGCAAGAGCCAAAAUGACGACGACACCGAUGAGACCGUAAAGCCGGAGGAGGCCGAUGAAGAGAUUCCAUCAGACGAGACGCAAACAUUCCUUGUCAUGGGAUGUGUAUCUCUUCAUUAUCAUUCGCGGACUCGCGAGGUCGAGUUGGAGUGGGAAGGAAACAUGAUGAACGACGGUGUUGCGGAUGCGGUGAUGGCUGUUCUCCUCACAGUCGAGAGCAGCCCUGCCUCCGUGAAGCAAUCCGCUAAAAACAAGCACCACCAUCACCACGACGAUGAAAUGGACAUGCCUACCCUUCCUAAUCCACACGCCCAAUCCGGGCCUCAGGAAAAGCUUGCCCGUAUGCUAAUGAUGCUGGAAGCACAAUUUGGUGGUGACAACAUUGGCCCAAUUGAACGCCCUCGCGUCCCAGCCGAUCUCGCACUCGGCCCAGAACAAGAUGUAGAUGAGGCUAACGAGGAGCGUAUCUCCGACAUCGAGGCUGCGGAAAUGGACCGUCUUAUUGCUAUGGGUAUUCCAGUCCCUGGCAUCGAGAUCAAGGUGGACAAGCACGUUGCGCGCGUCUGGCUUGAGGACUUAGAAGUUGAGUGUGGUAACCCCGUUCUGCGUGAUCGUAUUCGCGUUGUCGUUGAACGGGCUGUUGAGACUGUUGCUGGACUUUGGGCGGAAAGCUCGAUGCCUCGUGAACAUGCUACCAAUGGGAAACUUGAGUCCGAAGCUGCUGCGAAGAAGGCGGCUGCUAUUGAGGCUUAA